AUGGGAAGGUACACGUCGCCACUUACUUUUCAUCGCAAUCCUUACACGCUCAACUUUACCGAUAACGGCGUUGCCGCGGAGAGCACCAAGGGGCAAGCUUCGCUCCUCGCGCUGGGUGCGGUGGCUUCUUCACAACUGACGGCCGGCGGCUUCGUGCCGUACUACACGUACACGGGCGACCUCGCCGUCUCGGGGACGGUCGGGCCGAUGACGACGGCCGGCACAACGCAGACGUUUUACUACCAGCUCGACGGCGUCGACACCUUGUGCGAGAGCGGCGCGGGCAGUGCGGGCAACUCGUGCGGCAUCCACAUCCACGCCGGCAGGACGUGCGUCGACAACGCCCUCGGCCACUACUACACGGGCGCGGUGACGACCGACCCGUGGACGUCGAUCGCGUACACGGCGACCGCCGCGGGCACCACCAGCGGCAGCGUGACGGUGGACACGGGCGCGGCCUCGACGACACUCGAGGGCCUGGCGCUGAUCGUGCACGGCUACGACGGCGGGCGCAUCGCGUGCGCGCUGCUGAGCGACGGCGUCGAUUCGGCGCUGCAGGCGAGCGCUUUCGUGCCCUACUACACGUACACGGGCAGUCUGGCCGUCUCGGGCGUCGUCGGUCCGAUGACGACGGCCGGCACGACGCAGACGUUCUCGUACACGCUGGUGGGCGCUGAUCCGGCGUGCGAGAGCGGCGCGGGCAGUGCGGGAAACUCGUGCGGCAUCCACAUCCACACCGGCACUACCUGCACCGACAACGCCCUCGGCCACUACUACACGGGCGCGGUGACGACGGACCCGUGGACGAGCGUCAGCUACACGUCCGACUCGGCCGGCGCGAGCAGCGGCAGCGUCACCGUCGAUACGGGCGCGGGCUCGGGCGAAGUGGCAGGGCGUGCGUUCAUCAUCCACGGCUACGACGGCGGCCGCAUUGGCUGCGCCAUUCUGGGAGCGGCGACGCAGGUCACGCUGACGGCGGACGGCUUCGUGCCGUACUACACGUACACGGGCGACCUCGCCGUCUCGGGGACGGUCGGGCCGAUGACGACGGCCGGCACAACGCAGACGUUUUACUACCAGCUCGACGGCGUCGACACCUUGUGCGAGAGCGGCGCGGGCAGUGCGGGCAACUCGUGCGGCAUCCACAUCCACGCCGGCAGGACGUGCGUCGACAACGCCCUCGGCCACUACUACACGGGCGCGGUGACGACCGACCCGUGGACGUCGAUCGCGUACACGGCGACCGCCGCGGGCACCACCAGCGGCAGCGUGACGGUGGACACGGGCGCGGCCUCGACGACACUCGAGGGCCUGGCGCUGAUCGUGCACGGCUACGACGGCGGGCGCAUCGCGUGCGCGCUGCUGAGCGACGGCGUCGAUUCGGCGCUGCAGGCGAGCGCUUUCGUGCCCUACUACACGUACACGGGCAGUCUGGCCGUCUCGGGCGUCGUCGGUCCGAUGACGACGGCCGGCACGACGCAGACGUUCUCGUACACGCUGGUGGGCGCUGAUCCGGCGUGCGAGAGCGGCGCGGGCAGUGCGGGAAACUCGUGCGGCAUCCACAUCCACACCGGCACUACCUGCACCGACAACGCCCUCGGCCACUACUACACGGGCGCGGUGACGACGGACCCGUGGACGAGCGUCAGCUACACGUCCGACUCGGCCGGCGCGAGCAGCGGCAGCGUCACCGUCGAUACGGGCGCGGGCUCGGGCGAAGUGGCAGGGCGUGCGUUCAUCAUCCACGGCUACGACGGCGGCCGCAUUGGCUGCGCCAUCCUGGGCGCGACUGUCGCUUCGCCGCCCUCAUACCCCCCAUCGCUGCCGCCUCCGUCGCCGCCAGUCGGCGCCUCGAUCAUGCAGGACCCGCACAUGGACCUGGCGCACGACGGCCACGCCGACUUCCGUGGCAAGCAUAAAUCCCUGUACAAGUACUUGAGCACUCCGGGACUGAGCGUAAACGUCCUCAUUGAGGAGGCGCUCUACACCCUGCACGACGGGAAGCUGCUCGUCAACGGCACUUACAUGACGGAGGUUCAUGUUGCGGCGCUGGUCGAGGGUUCUAGCCAGUGCAAGUGGGCUUACGUGAGCUACGUCGCCUCGCAGCUGAACGGGCAGAACUGGGGCUGGAGCAACGUCAAGGGUAGCUGUGGUGGGAAUGAGUUCAAGCUCGGCCCCAACGCCAACCGCGGCUGCGGCGGGCUUCACGCCCGUGUCAAGAUGUCCACUGCAACCAUCACGGUGGCGCCGUUUGAAGGCAGCACGGAGGCGGCCCCCUGGAAGAUCGUGGUGCAUGGCGACCACGUCCACGACCGUGUCGCCGGGCCAGAGCACAGGCUCGACAUCGAGCUCUCCUACUCUCCUCAAUCGUCGGCGCCGCUGAUUGCGCACGGCCUCAUCGGCCAGUCAUUUGCGGAUCCCCUUCCGCGAUUCGGACGCCUCGACGUCUACCCCGAGGAGGGAACCUUCACGACCUCCGCGCAGGCCGAGGGCGCCAUCGAGGGCACGGCCGACAUUUACGAGGUGUCCUCGCCCUUUGAGACCGACUUCACCUUCUCUCUCUUUGCGGGCGAACCCUCGCGCAAGGCGGGCACGGCAGACGCGGCGAAAGCAACCUGCGACAAGAAGCUCGCGGAUGAGCUCUCCGACCUCGAGCAGCAAGGCAAGGUUUUGGCCAUUCGCCCGUGGUUCCAGGCCAUCAAGCGCUCGUUCCAACGCGCGGUGGCACCGCCCAGCGUCGUUGCCCGCGCUGCGUCGAUCGAGGUGCGGCCCGGCGAGGGCCUGAUGGAGGCGCACCGCCGGCUCGCGGAGGCGGCUUUGCCCCGCGCAGCGCAAUCGAUCCUGCUCAGUGCUCGUGCCUGA